CAGAUGUCUUCCCCGCACCUGAAUGGGCCCCGCGAAGACGGCUUCGAGGAUGCCUUCCAAGCAACUGGCCACGGCUGACGACCACGAGCUCCCGGACGAGACGGAUGGCGGCGACGCGGGCGGUCCGUCGCUGCCGGCGGAGGACAAGGCGCAAGCCAAGAAUGCAUUUGCGGAGCUGAUGAGACCCAAGAGCAAGCCGGCGCGGGACGACCGCGACGCGAAGCGGCCGAAGACGACGGUGUCGGCGACGGGCAGGGCGUAUCUCGGGCGCGACGGGCUGCUGGCGUACAUAGCGGAGCCGGAGGCGUUCGGCGACGGCCGGGUCGUCUACCACAGCGCCGAGUGGGUGCUGAUCCGCGACCUGUACCCGAAGGCGUCGGUGCACCUGCUGCUGCUGCCGCGCGACCCGUCCGUGUACGGGCUGAACCCGCUGGAGGCGUUCGCGCGGUCGCCGGCGUUCCUGGCGAGCGCGCGCGCGGAGGUGGCGCGGGCGGCGGCGAUCGCGGCGGAGGAGCUUCGGCGGCUGCACGGGGCGCACAGCGCGCAGGAGCGGCCGCGGCGGGCGGCGCUGACGGCGGCGGCGGCGGCGGAGACGGCGGAGCUGCCCCCGGGUCGCGCGUGGCUCGACGAGGUGCGCGCCGGCGUGCACGCGAACCCGUCCAUGAACCACCUGCACAUCCACGUCAUCUCGCGCGACAUGCACUCGCCCUGCCUGCGGCACAGAACGCACUACCAAAGCUUCACCACCGAGUUCUUCGCCCGCAUCGAGGAGAUGCCGCUCAGCGCCGCCGAGAUCCUCACGCGCAGGCGCGGCGCACACGAGGCGCUCAAGGAACGCGGCAGCGUGUGCUGGCGGUGCGGCGCGCAGUUCGGCUCCAGUUGGAAGAAGCUGAAGGAGCACCUCGAGGUUGAGUUCGAAACCUGGAGGCGAGAGUAGGCUGCUGUCUGCGGACUGCGUACGAGGGAAGAAUGAUAAGAGGGCUGGAAGCAGUUAUUGAUAUCACAGAUGUUGAAAGAAGGGAAGUGAGAAGAGACGUCGAAGACUGGCAUCUUUAUUUAUUAGAUUAAGAUUUUUUUUUCCCUUUCUCGUGUCCAAAACGUCUCUCCGGCGCCAUGAUUCUAAUAGUACAAUGGGUUAAAACGAGUA